AUGUUAGUAAUAGAUUGUCUUCAAGAUAUUUUUGAAUAUUUAAGAAGUGAUAACAAUGCAUUGCAUUCUUGUGUAUUGGUAAACAAAAUAUGGUGUGAGGCCGCUACUCCAAUACUAUGGAGCGAUCCCUUUAAAACCCUAUGUAGUGUAGUAUUUUACAACAAUGGGGAAAAACCAGCAGUAGAAUCUAUUGGAGAAAGCUAUAACAACAAUGGUUACAAACCAAAGUACAAAGAGUUUUCUGUCUCACGACAAAGAACUGAAAGUCUACUCAAAGCUUUUCUGUACUGGGCAACCGAACAACAAAAAAACUCUUUAAAAAACACAGUAUCAAAAUUUAAAAAAAAAUCAAGGCCAAAUUUUCCAAGGACUAGAAAUGACACUGAUUUUCUUUCUUUGAUAAAUUCAACAUCAACAUCAACGUUUGACUAUCCCUUUUUCAUGCGAACAUUAGAUCUAAAACGUCUCAGCUCGACUAUAUCUAUUUGGUUAAAUGACGUAUAUGAUUCUAGCGAACCUUACUUUUAUCUUAUGAGCAUACCAAAAUCCAAACAAUGUUUGUCAAGAAUAAAUGAAAUAGAAUGUUCAUCUGAUUUUCCAAAAGAAAUAUUUACCUCUUUGUCAAAGGUUUGUCAGAAUAUUGAAAUAUUUAAAAUGACAACGAAUUUCAGAGAAAAUGUUGGAUUAAACGAAUUGAUCAAAGUUCAAAAAUGCAUCAAGCAUGUAGAGUUAUAUGGUAAAAGUGAUUAUAGUGAUCUACUUGGAAUUUUUCCACAUUCUGAAGCUUCUUUCGUAUUAUAUUCUAAUGACUUUAACUCUGUCAAAUUACACUAUCAUACAAAUAUGGUUAACAUUUUACCACGUUGUGAAAAUUUAAAAGUGUUAAAGCUGGAAAUUCAUAAUAAUUUACCCAUUUCAUUGAUCAAUCCAUUGACAAACUCUUCAUUUGUGAAUUUAAUAAGGCUAGAAAUCUAUGCAAACGCUUUAAGUUUAGGGCAGCUAUCUCAAAUUAUUGGAAACACAGAUGGAAAACUAACUUAUGUUUCAAUAGAUUGUUGGAAUUUAUCUGAUUUGGACAAAGAUGGGUUUUUGUUUGAAUCAGUUGCAAACUAUUGUCCAGAUUUACUUUAUUUUCAUUGUCCAAUAAAUAGGAUAACUCCCUAUUUAUUGGAAGGAGUCAAUAAAUUCUGUGAAAAUUGUCAAAAACUUCAACAUUUUAAAUUAGAUUCUCCUGAUGAACUUGAUUUGUCUGAAAUUUUAAACAUUUUGGGCAAAUCUGCUGGUCCUAAUGUCACCGAAUUUGGUUUUGAGGGUUCAUGGAUAGCGCCAUCUAGCAAAGUUAACUCAUUUAUUAAAUCUCGCAAAAAAUUAGAUAGACCAUUUAAAUUAAAGGUCAAUGAAGCAUUUAAUUUUAAUCAUUUACCUUAA